CCAGGACCAGCACCUGGACCAGGACCAGCCACCAGGCGGGGACAGCCUCCUUCUCGUGCCCAGAUGGCCCAACGUGUACCCGUGCCGGAACCAUCUAAAGCCUCAUCGCCCGUUGUGGCCUCACCGACCGCUGCCCGACCUGAGCCGAAAAAACCAUCCCCCCAAAAAGCGACCAUCGAGGAAUCUCCCGAAAAACCGAAAGAGAGGAAACGAGUUCUCUUCGGAAAAAAGAAAGAACCAGAUUCUAGCCAGGAUAAACCCCCAACACCGAUUCUGAGUAGACGCCCAAGGUUCAACAAACGCCAGAUGACACAGGUGAAGCAAUCACGGAUUUACUAUUCGACUGAUGAGGAGGUACGCGAUGCUCUCAUGGAGUUUGGAGUAUUCCUCAUUUUCCUAGUCCUUACAUCAAUUGUGGCUCUUUCGGUGCGAGGACCGUACAUGUAUUACCUGAACAAUACGAUAAAAGAACUGUUUAGCGUACGUGAAAUGGUUGUGCAGCCCACAGUGACAAUCUCGUUUGAGAAAAUACUCACGGUUUCUGAUUGGUGGGACUAUUUGGAGAACAACUUUUUGGUAACGUUGCACGGAGGUACGACUAUAACCCUAGACGAUGGUACGUCGGUCGACACAUCCAACUCAACAAGCGAAAUCGAUGACGAUGAGACCGAAACAAACUCAACUGCUGAAGAAGAUUCUAGUCCUGAAGAGGAGUCGCAACGAUUCCGACUCACCGAAGAUCGCUUGUAUAUGGAGGAUGGAUAUGUGGAGAUCGACGAUGACACUGGAGACAACAGUUUUAGAAAUGAGCGAACCGAACGGGAGUUCAGGGAAAUCGAAGAAAAGGACAACCCUGCUAGAGAAAAGGUGGACAAAAGACAAGCUGGUGGUGCUGGUGUGGCUGGUGAUGGUAGCAAUGCAUUGGGCAUUUUGGCCAACGACUCAAAACAUUCGAUCAACUAUCUCAGAGGACGUGUAUUCCUGCGGGAGAACCUCAUGCUCGGUCCGCCGCGCAUUCGGCAGAUACGCGUCCGCAAAGGGAGCUGCUAUGUGAACGACGCCUUCAUCCGGUACUUCAACACCUGCUAUGCCCCAUACUCAAAGUCGGCCGAGGACACCAGCAAGACGCACAGGGGCACUUCGUUUAUGUCGAUGAGCGACCUGGGAUCCACGCCCAUCUGGACUCUGCUCACCUUAUACCGCUCCGGUGGGUAUGUCGUUGAUCUGAGCUACGAGAAGGAUGCGAACAAUAAGAAAAUCAAGGAACUGAAAGACCUCAACUGGGUGGAUCGCGGUGCGAGGCUGUGUGUGAUUGAGUUCAGUAUAUACAAUGAGAAUACGGAUAUCUUCCAGAGCGUCAAAUUAAUAGCAGAAAUUCCACCAACGGGCUGCAUCAUACCGCAGACACACCUGUGCACUGUGAGAGAGUAUUCGUUCUUCACGGAACGUAGUCUCUUUUUGAUGGUAUGCUAUAUAUUCUGGUAUGUGAUGAUCGUUUACUACACGAUCUUCGAAACGAAUGAACUACGCAAGACGGGCUUCAAAAUCUACUACAGAUCAUUGCUCAAUGUUCUCGAUGGCAUCGUAUUGCUGUUUUGCUAUCUGGCUUUCGUCUACAACAUCUGGCAUACCUUCUAUAUUAAAUCUAUUACAUCCAUCCAAAAGAUAGAUCAUGGCUUUCUCUGUAUCGAUUAUCUUUGCUUCUGGAACAACCUUUACGUGGAUAUGAUGGCCCUAUUGGCUUUUCUCGUGUGGAUCAAGAUAUUCAAGUUCAUCAGUUUUAACAAGACACUCGUUCAGUUUACAACGACACUGAGAAGGUGCUACAAGGACUUGGCUGGCUUCAGUCUCAUGUUUGGGAUUGUUUUUCUGGCCUAUGCUCAGUUGGGUCUCCUGCUUUUUGGCACUAAGCAUCCAGACUUUGAUACCUUUACGACCUCAAUCUUGACGAUGGUUCGCAUGAUCCUGGGCGACUUUCAGUAUAAGCUCAUUGAGCAGGCCAACCGAGUGCUGGGCCCCAUCUACUUCCUCACCUACAUUCUGCUCAUGUUCUUCAUACUGUUGAACAUGUUCCUGGCUAUCAUAAUGGAGACCUAUAACUCGGUGAAGAGUGAAAUUACAACGGGACGCAGUCAUUUGGGCUCGUACAUCUAUAGGAAGAUUGGUAUAGCCUUCAACUGGAUCUUCUACUUCUGUCUAAGGCGUCGCCGUCAGCGUCAGUCCGAUGGGGCUGGCUUAGCCGUAGCAGCUACGGAAGACCCAAGGCGAACUAGAUUUCAGCGUCCCCAAAAUUUUGAAGAUACUAAUCCAGAUAUAGAAGAGAAGGAAUUGUAUCGGCUGAAAAAUCGCGUGAUGCGGCUUGAAGAUAUUCUGGAGCAGUUGGUCAACAAUUUGGAUAUAAUUAAAAAUCACAUAGACAAAGGCCACUUCAAAACGAAAAAGAGGAAGCCAGCCAUGUCUGGCUUGUAAAAGAUCACAGAUCUAGGUAACAGUGCAGUAUGGUUCGUUGGCAAAUAUAGAGAUAUGUAUUAAAAAAAAAGAUCUUA